UAGACGUGUUCAGCGCCUCCUGUCAAGUUGAUAGAUACUUGGUCAUCGAGUCUUUUCGAGUGCAAUUCACUUUCUGACUGAGAUCAGGGUGGUCUAGAUUCGGCAACUUCAAGUCUUGACCACAAGUCACAACUAUAUGAAAAAAUCCACUCGGGCACACUGCAAUUCUCCGCCGAAUUGAAUUAAUUUCCCGUGCAUUAUGUUUGGAAUCUCAGAUUACAUGGACUAUGAGGGGCAGCGGCUAGCUGAAAGAAUAUUCCAGGCCAUCAUUGUUAUAUUUGGGGCUGUGGGCUGGCUCUAUGGCUACCACGUUCAGGAUUUCAAGAUGACAGUGAUGGCCUUGGGUGCUGGAUUUGCUCUAGCAUUUUUGGUUACCAUCCCACCGUGGCCGCUGUACCGUCGCGCUCCUCUUAAAUGGGCGCCUGCCGUGGCUUCAGAGGACAAGAAGAAGAAGAAGUAGUGAUGAGUGAUGGUCUGAUAGCACAUGAAGUGAUGAUUGUUGGUCUGGUGGUGCAUGAAGUGAUGAGUGUUAGUCUGAUGGUGCUUAAAGUGAUGAGUGUUGGUCUGAUGGUGCAUGAAGUGAUGAGUGUUGAUAGUAUGUUGGCAGAUGACGAAUUAAUGUGUGUUGCAUGUCCUGGAUUGUGUUGGGCGGGCAGUAGAGUGAGGAAUUGAUGCCUUGUGGACCUCACGCCGGCAGGCAGAGCGUGACGACGCUUUCUUCAUGCGUUCUAAAACAGAAAGGCUGAAUUGCACGUGUUGCGUUGCGUGUUCAUCUUUCAUUUUCAUGCCUGAGCCUGUUCUUGUUAUUGGUUUAUAUAUAGCACGUUUGGUUAUAUACAUUAUUAGAUAUCUGGCUGUUUUUGCAAUUCAAAAUAACCGCCCUCGUUUUUGUGUCUGAGAAUAACGAUGUUUUAGCACAUCUCAAUUUGUUCCUUAGUUGGGAGAAUUGACCAUUCGAUCUGCGUAUCUUGUUCAUUUUUUACAUACACUGUUUGACGAGAAAUUGUUUUAGUCCUAUUUAAUUGUAAAAGGAUAGAAUGUGGAGGAAUUUCUUUAAAUGGAGCACGAUGCUAAUGUACGGUGCUUGCAGAUUGCCACCAAAUUCAAUGGUAAAUUACAAGUAUAUACUGAGUUGAUUUUUAACGUUGUUAAAUGAUUUUAUUUUUUGUUAAUUGAAGUACAAUGAAUCAGAGUGCAUUAGUUGUGACUCAUUAUCUUGUUCAACUCUCAAGUUUCAUUGUGGAUUAUCUACAGAAGCUUCAAAUUCACGUUUUCCA